AUGGCAUCCCUUGAGAAUGUGCUGAAGAAUAACGUCAACCUGGCAGAAUAUGGCCCAGGCUUGGUGGCUGUUUUCGUGGGCGGAACCAGCGGAAUUGGCGAAGUGACUGCUCGAGCCUUGGCGUCCAAAAUCAUUGAGGAACUCCGUCAAGUCAACCCCAAGGGAGAGAUUAGCUUUGUGUACUGCGAUGCCGCCCGCCUCAAGAGUGUGGAUGAGGCUUGCAAGAGCAUCCAGGAGAAGGAGGACAAGGUUAAUCUGUUGUUUAUGACUGCUGGAAUAUUGACCACCAAGGGGCCAGAUGAAACGGAUGAAGGACUGGACAAGAAACUCAGUCUGCACUAUUACUCUCGCAUGCGCUUCUUGACCAAUCUCAUGCCUCAACUGACCAAGGCUGGAACGACUGCCGAUGGCUCCUCCACCAUCCCAGCCCAACCGGGUCUCUACCGAAAUCUGUCACGCGUGGUAUCCGUCCUGGAGGCCGGUGGCGAAGCGCCCCUUAUCCUGGACGAUCUAUCACUAAAGAAAAACUACUCGCUCCGAAACUGCGCCAAACACGCCAUCACCAUGACCUCCCUGUCGAUGGAGCAUCUGGCACCUGUGUACCCAUCAACCUCCUUUGUACACGCCUACCCCGGUGUGGUGAAGACAGGACUAAUGCGCGACUUCGGGGCGAUCACCCGCACUGCCAUGAGUGCGCUUUUUGUUCUGGCCCGCCCCUGGAUGGUGCCAUUGGACGAGAGUGGUGAGCGGCAUCUAUACGCCGCCACUAGCCCCCGGUUUCCGCCACGAGCGUCUAAAGACGUUGAGGAUGCGGCACCGGGCUCCGACGGGUCCAAGGGUAGUGGUGCGUAUCUGUUGCAUUGGGAUGGAUCCGAUAAUGGAAAUCGGAAGCCCCUGCAGGAACUUCGCAAGAAUGACACGGGGAAGUUAGUGUGGCAGCAUACUAUGGGAGUGUUUGAGUCGAUUUGUGGCAAGACUACUGCAUAG